AUGAUGAAUGGUGAACGGGAUGUCGAAAAGGCGGCCUCUGCGACCAACCACAAGGCGUUUCUUUCUUACCUAUACGAUGCUGCUGGCGUUACCCAAGAAGUGUCAGAUUGGUCUUACCAGGGUCAUGGCACCCAAAGCGACCCUUUUGUUGUCGAAUUCCUGGUAGCGGAUUCUGCCAACCCAUUACAGUUGCCAAGCUGGAGGAAAUGGUCUAUCACAUUCCUCCUAGCGUUUGCAGUUCUAGCUGUAAGCUUUGCAUCUAGUUCAUUUUCUAGCGGCAUACCAUACAUCGUCGAUGAGUUCAACGUUAGCCGCAUGGUGGCUCUACUCGGAGUGUCCUUACCACUUGUAUUCGCACCCCUCUCGGAAAUGUUCGGCAGACAACUCAUAUUCGUUAUUACCUUUGGUGCGCUGACGGCGUUCAAUGCUGGCGCCGCUGGAUCGAAGAACAUUGAAACUCUGCUCAUUUUGCGCUUUCUAGCUGGGACGAUUGGGUCGGCACCUCUGACAAAUGCCGGCGGAGUGAUUGCUGAUAUGUUCUCGGCGGACGAACGAGGCUUGGCCAAUGCUCUCUUCGCAACGGCCCCUUUUCUUGGACCGGCUGUAGGCCCAAUCGCAGGUGGCUUCCUGAGCCAGGCCAAGGGCUGGCGAUGGCUUCAAGGCCUGAUGGCCAUCUUCACUGGUGUUCUUUGGAUCCUCGGUUCACUUUGGGUUCCUGAGACUUACGCCGCCGUAAUCCUGCGUCGCAGGGCAGAAGUUCUGUCCAAAAUUACCGGCCAUGUUUACGUCUCUAAAUUCGAUGUUGGUCACCCCAACAAAGCAUUGCUCGCAGAGCUAAGAAAGGCUCUGCUACGACCAUGGCAACUCUUGUUUUUGGAGCCUAUCGUUCUGCUCUGUUCUAUCUUCCAAGCUGUCGUUUUUGGGACCUUAUACAUGAUGUUCGCCGCUUUUCCGAUUGUUUUCCAGCAAACCCGUGGUUGGUCCAACGGCGUUGGUGGUCUUGCAUUUCUGGGUGUCGCCAUAGGCAUGAUGUUUGCUGUUGGGUAUAGCGGCUACGACAAUAUUCGUUACAUCAAAGUCAACAAAAGCUAUGAUGGCGGUGCACCUCCGGAAAUGAGACUACCCCCUGCUCUGAUUGGAUCAGUUCUCCUACCUAUCGGCCUGUUCUGGUUCGCCUGGACGAACGGACCAAACAUUCACUGGAUCGUUCCCAUUGUCGGAUCGGGCUUUUUCGCGGCUGGUCUUGUCCUGGUUUUUUUAAGCCUGAUGAACUACCUGGUCGACUCUUGUGAGUAUUCGGUCUUUUUGUACAUUUUCCCACGAAAUGGAGACGUCUAA